UGGAAGCCGACGGUGCGCACUUACCCCCUCUCUCCAUCAGUGCUCUGUUAUAAGAGUAUUUAAAGCUGAAGCUACACGRAUUAGAGAGAAGUCGAAACAGACGUGGAGAUCCUAAGGAUCGAACCGUGGACCUCAAGCUCUGAWGGUCGCGCACUAACCAACUGAGCUACGCCUGCUCCUAUAAAUGAAACAUGCUCCUAUACAUGAAAAGAAGAAGUAKAAUUCUUCUGAGGUGGCUCAACAACAAGAAACAAUCCUACAAAGGAGAGAAGAAUACCCGAAGAAUAUCAUCAGCUAAAAACUGAUUACCUAAUAUCCCACAAGAAGUACGAAUAUAACCGGUAUUGGAAUUAUGGCUCAGACGAGAUAGAGUAAUAAAUAAAUGAAGCUGAGAUUCUUGGAAAGCGAAAGUUUUAUUGUCAAGUGGUCAUAGCAAGAAGAGUGACAGAUUGCUGCUUCUAACAGAAACAAGACUUCCUCUUCAAUACAAGCCUUACUAACCUAAACCACAAAUUUUGACAGUAUAUAUUAGAAUGUCAACCUCAGUCAGUGAGCGCAUGUUGCAUAGAAAACGAUGUAAAAAGGAAGUCGGAUGGUAAUUCUAACAUUAAUAAGAUAAGUUGAACAAUUAAAGGGUCAUACAGCAAGUAUUAGCCUAUCGAUGUACUACAUAAGAGCGAUUAAAAAAAUGGGACAUUCUACACCGCCAAGUGUCGUAGCCAUUACAUUGUUGCUUAUUGUAUGGCAGUGGGAGAGUAUCUUUGCUACUGAAACGGGCGAUUGCUCCUGUUAUUUAUUCUACACAACUAAACAAAAUUGGGAAAAUAGCAAUACGAUUUGUCAACAAAAUAACGGAAGCUUGGUAUCCAUGGAAACAGAAGAGUAAUACCAGUUUAUCAAUGAGACGAUACAAAGUCUAGAUGUUGUAGAAAAUCAUGAAAGCGAGUGGAAUAUAGGUUUAAAGAAGAAAAGAAAAGGUGUUUAUGAGUGGAUAAGUGGAGAAAGAUACACAAUUGCUAAAUGGGCAUCACGCCAACCAAGCGAGGAGCAACCAUGUGUAAAGAUGAUAAAAUACUAUAACGCGGAAUGGGGAUUAUUCGAUGACAUUCAAUGCAAGGGAAGACACUUAAUGUUUAUAUGUGAAUACAAUCAAGCUAAGAGAUGCCCUAAUAUUACGCCGAGCACCACGUUUAUUAGUAAAAAAUGGUGCUCUUUGCAGAAGAGAAAACCGAUAACAAGCACGAACGAGUACACCACAACAUCACCUUUUUCACAAAUCACAAAAGAAAAAACUACAACUACAUCAACUACUCAUGAAACAACAGCCAAAGGACCGCACUCAUAUUUGCAAUUCAGUCUACCAACCGGGAAAAAGACGGAAGCUUUUGUCCAGUCCACAGAACCAGGAGGAGAUACGGAUGGCCCACAGUCCAGAAGCUCAAGUUCAAACCAAUUCCCUUUGGUUAUUGUGACUGUUGCUCUUGGAGCUGUGUUAGCUGUGUCUGUUUGCUUGCUAGUCUUUUUGUGUUGUUGGAAACGGAGGAACAAAGGAAACAAGAAUGAGAAACCGACAUCAGAGACUACACGUCUACCACGGGAUGCAAUAGAACAGUCGUCCAACAAUAACCAGGGUCCCGAAGAUGCUGGCUUAACAGAGGGUGUUCAACUGUUUCAUCAAAACGUUGGCGAGUCUUAUGUGGCGUAUGCUGUCAUCCACAACAACUUGACCCAGCAAAAUCAAGGUACAACUGCAUCGAACGAGCCUGCAUAUGCUUCUAUCGAAGAUGAAAAAAUGAUGAAAAGAUCAUCCAAAAACGACCCAAUUGUUGCCAUGCCAGCCGCCACGAUGAAUGUUGAGAACUCUGGGAACUCAGUGGGAGGGAAAAAAUCCAACACAGAAGCAGUGUAUGCCUCGGUAGAUAAGAAGAAAAAGAACAAUAUAGAGAACGAGGGCCAAGAUGUCAAACAAUGGCCUACUGGUCAACAGGUUGUGUAUGCAUCUGUGGAUAAACCAAAGAAAAGCAAAGCCCAGGCUGAAAAUGUGGUGUAUGCUGAAGUUGGAAGUAAAGACAACACGGGGAAGCAACAGCCAUACCAAAUCACUUAUGCUGAGCUAGCAGACUUUACCCACGAUGCACCGCAAGAAGCAGUCAAACCCGCUCCCUACCAGUCAGCGGAGUAUGCUGUCAUCAUCGGACAAAAGCAGAAAUCUUAAACUUUAUAAAUAAAAGAAAUACAAUUAUCAGUAGCUGUACUUUCCGAGGAUUGCACUCACUAAAACACACAUUUGUAUUUUGCCUGCAUAAUUCCAUACUUGUUAUUGAGUGGCAAAAAAUAAGGUACCAGUUUACUUUAAAAAAAAAAACAAUUUUUGUUUGAUUACUUAUGUCAUUAUCAAAAGCGUUUGCAGAAUGCUAUCUUCCCCAUUUCAUGCUUUAGAUCUUAAUCCUAACGAUAUACAUAUACUCCUAGUGUGAAAUUGUUGCAAAUUUAUAAUUUAAUUCUAUUGUUAAUUGCUUGAAAUGGAAGCUUAGUAAAGUUCAUUAUCUGAUCCUMGAAGAAAUAGGCAGAGUUGGUCUCCACAAUUAGGUGGAGAGUAUUCAUUUGCCGUUCGAGAGAAGUGUCGUGAAAAAUUUAAAUYGUCUGUAUUGUUGAGCUGUACUAACAUUCUUUACUUUACMAUUCGCUUUAAUAUCUUGAAAUAGAAAUGAGACUAUCCUGAUGAGUAAAUAAGUUUGCAAUCAAGGAGCGCAGCGCAGAGAGAAGAAAUAAUAAACCAAGUCAUGAA